CAGUUUUGUGUAUCUGUCAGCUAGAAAACUGAGAAGAGAAACGAAGAGCAGGAGGCAAACACACACACUCUCGCACACUCACGCACUCGUUUACACUCAGAAACACACACACAGGACUGAGAAACAGAGCUCUGCUUGUGAACCAGGGCAUGCUCGACAUUCUUCUGGAAGACAUUUGAUUUAUUCAAGCGGAAAAGAUGCAGUUCAUGCUGCUCUUCAGCAGGCAAGGCAAGCUGCGCCUGCAGAAAUGGUAUGUUCCACUGUCCGACAAGGAGAAGAAGAAGAUCACACGUGAGCUGGUACAGACCGUCCUGGCGCGAAAGCCCAAGAUGUGUAGCUUCCUGGAGUGGAGAGACCUCAAGAUUGUUUACAAAAGGUACGCCAGUUUGUAUUUCUGCUGUGCCAUCGAGGACCAGGACAACGAGCUGAUCACCCUGGAGAUCAUUCAUCGCUACGUGGAGCUGCUGGAUAAGUACUUUGGCAGUGUGUGCGAGCUGGACAUUAUCUUCAACUUUGAAAAAGCCUACUUCAUCCUAGACGAGUUUCUUUUGGGCGGAGAAGCUCAAGAGACGUCCAAGAAGAACGUCUUGAAGGCGAUCGAACAGGCUGACCUGCUGCAGGAGAGCCAGACUGAGGACUGGGGUGGUUUGGCCAAUGAUGAGAUCUUAUAAAGGGUAGAAGUCCCAGCCCCUUCCUGCUUAUUGCCCAGACAUGAAUACUUUAACGUGCCUGUGUACUGAUUGGCUGUUGGUGGCUGCCCGUCAUGCAUGCUGAGCCCCUCCCCCUUGCACGGUGUGCCUGCUGGUCUUCUUCUUCCACCACCAUCCUAUCAGAAUGCAGCGUCUCUGGGUCUCCAGUCUCAUCGUCAUCCUGUGUGUGUGUGUGUGUGUGUGUGUGUGUGUGUUGGUCAUGCCACGUUCACCAUACACCACAUUCCUUUUCUCUACUCUCUUUCUCCUGCACACACUCGCACUCCUGUGUACCUUCAGCCCUCGUCUACCUGUACCUGUGAGGAGUCAGUGAGAGCUCCCCCUGGUGGUCUCUUUCCCCUUUGCGGCACUGCCUGUAUUUAUCCAGCAUUGUUCAAAUCUUUAUAAAGUUUUUUUUUUUUAUUCUAAACAUGAAUUUGUUGAAGUGGUUUGUUGAAAAAUGAAAUUUAUAUUUUAUGGCGCUUGGAAAAUGGUUUGGAUGGUUUUUUUUUUUUUUUUUGACAAACCAUUUCAGUAAUGUUUGAUGCACUGUAUAGAGGUUUUAAAUUCUGAAGAUCAGUUUUUUUCAAUCUGAGAGAAGCUUAAUGCACCGGGAUACUUUCAAAGGAAGAAUCCACCCUGAACCAUGUGCAUAUUAAUAUUUAUAAUGGAUAUGUAAUGAAUAUCUUUCCUGGGGUCUGUGAUGUUGACACGUUUGCUUUAAGCUUCUUUCGUGGACGUGUUGGUCUCACUUCGCGUCUCCGAUAUUACCCACACUACCUGCUGUUAGUGCUGCAGUGGGAUUUCCCUCACUUCAUCUCUACCUGAAGAGACUGACACAGCGGCGCUUUAGUCUUUUGGUUGUCCACCUCCCGCAUCUGUAUAUUCUGCUCAAACAGAUCAGCUUACAAAGCCUUCAUGCUGAUACCAAGCGUGAAAGCGUAAGCACCUUCACGCUCACCAUCUCGCAGAUCUCUGACUAGCCAAGUCAAGUCUGUGCCGUAACUCAAAUAUUGGACCUUUGAGUCCAAUAUUUGCUUCAGCAUCUCCACACUUCUCAUGGAUUCCUCAUUCAUAUGACGUUGAACAAAACUGGAAAAUGGUGACUGAGAAAAGAAGCUCUUGCUCUUUUGUUUUCAGGAAACGAAAGCUGAAAUUCAUCACUUAUGUUUGAGAUCAUUGGAAUGUUUUCUCCUAUUAAAUGCCAGUGUAACUGCGCUAGCAAUAACAGUGUCUCCCUGUGACCUCAGAGCGACACACAGACGCUAACUUCUCACAGGAACAACAAAAAAAACAGCACCAAUGAACAAAUUAGCACCAGAAUCACCAGAGUCACAUGUUUCAGGGUGGAGUUUUUUUCCUUCAGUAUGCUGGGAGCUUUGUUUGUGCAUUAUGUACAAGACACUGUUGAAUAUGAAUCAUAUUAUUUUGACUCCUUGAGCAUAUGGUGAGGAUCUGUCAGUAUGUGUUUCUGCUGUAUGAAUAUGUGUCUAUAGCUAGUAGACAUCACAGGGUUGCCAGAAUGGACAGAUUGUAUUCAUCACCCUAUACCAUUUAGUCAGCGUAGCAUUUAUUAUAUCCCUGUACACUAGAACAUGAGGUGUAAAUGGUUAGUGAUUAUACAGACUGGUGUUUGGGACAAAGGUAUUCAGGUAUUUCUGAAAGCGUUACGUAUCUAGCACGUUUUGUAUAUGCAAAUUAUUAGAUGAUGACGUGAUAACAGGAAACCCUGUAGCCACAGAACAUGCGUAUUAAACUAGCCAGUUAGCUAACUUAGUUUUUUUGGUAAUAACAAAUUGUGGUUUUGACGGAUUCGAUGUCUACUGUAUAUUUGUGUCUGCCUGUGACAAAUGUGAAAAAUAGGCCAAAUACACAAGAAAUCCAAUCUGGCAACCUGGUCCAUCCAUUUAGCAUAUACAACUGUUAGAAAUGCGAACUUUGUGAUUUUAAGGAAUGCAGUUUUGAAGCACAUGUGGUUAAUAACGACUGUGGAGUUCAGUGCGACAAUGUGACACACACACACACACACACACACAUACUGUUACAAUUCUGUAGUCUUUAUAGAAUAAUGUUAUUUAAGCGCUUUGGCUAGUAUUCACUAUUUACUGGCACUUGAGUCAUCAAACUCAUUACGAUCAUUAAUGCACAUAAAUACACACAUUUAAAUUCACAUAACAAAAUCAGACUAAAACACUAUUUCAGGGUCCUAUAUUUCUUAAAAUAUUCUCAUUUUUCAUAACAUGAUUCAGCGUAGAAAGCUUUAUGCUUCAGUACACACACAAAACAAAUCUAACUGGAUUCUCACUCUAAACUGAAACCUCAGACUGGAGAAAGGCUAACGUCAUGUAACGUGUUGUAGCAUUAGCAAUGCUAAUUAUGUUUAAGGUUGACUGAACAGUAACUGCAUAAUAUGAUCACUGAAACUUUGCACAGUGUAGCCUAUGUUAGGAAAUUAUUUACAAGAUACAAUGUAAUCAAGAGUGAUUUUGUAUCUAAAGUGUGUAGAUUUGUAUUAGUUUUGUCGAAAUCUGUUUUGUUAACAAAGUUGAAUAAAGUGAUGAUUAUUUCGAUUUAUUUGAAGCAGUGGAAGCAGUUCUGAAAGGAAUUUUAUACCACAGUCUUGAUGAAUUCUUGAAUCUGAUUGGUUAGAAGGUGUUGAUUAAUUUUCUACAACACCAGCUCUGACCACAUAAGAAAUAAUAAACUGAAAUUUAAAAACAUGUUGUCAAAGAAACUUGACAAAGGAAAAAAGGUAUAAUCGUUUAUUUAACAUUUAUGGAAGGAGUCUCCAGUGUGAGCACUUUGUAACAGUCAGUAAGUUUUCCACCGUGGGAAGGACCGCGCUUUCCAGGUUCUUGGUAACAUGACAAGUUGGGGUUUUUUUUUUUAGUAAUUAAUUUUAUUGUCUUAUUCACUUCAAGAGAGUAAAAAAAAUGAGAGGCUAGUGAGGGAACGAUGUAAGUGAUAACAGUAAUUAACUAAUUUCAUGGAUGUUCAGCAGCAUUAAAUGUAGCUAUAAAUGGAUAAAAUGUAUGAGGUGUCAUUGUUUAAUUAAUAUAAUUGGUAAUAUUUGGCAAAUUGCUAUAGUAUAAGAGGAACAAAACACUUUCUGGGACAUGCUGUUGUUGGAAAUUAAUCAGGUGGUAACAGUAAUGUUACAUGUAACUAUAAUAAUUAUGAUUGUUUAAUAAAUAAAAAAUGUAAUCAUUGGCACAUUGCUGUAGUAUCUGCAUCACACCAUCCUGUCAUUAAUUAGUUUCCUAUAACAGCACACCCUAAUGUGUCUUAUUCCUUACCUAUCCCUAAGAACUGAUAAUGAUUCCAAAAAACUUUUCUUUCUGUCCAUUAUGCACCUGAGCUAGUGUACAGACAUGACCACGUAUUCAGUUACAAUACAAUACAAAAAAGUAUAUGUAUAUAUUUUAAAAAAGAGCAAUAAUAAAAAAACAAGGCAAGCCACCUCCCGGGGAGGAUCCUAAUGGUGACAAACGAGUGUCUGGUCCUUAUUAAAUACAAGUCUUUCAACAUCAUCAGGGAUUUAAUCCAGGAAAGACUGCCACACCUCUUCAUUCUCGUUUAAAUGGAGCUUAUAAGCUCCAGCACACACCUCUGUAGUAAAGGAAUCUGGCUCAGAAGUGGCUGUUGUGGUUUUGUCAACCUGUAAGGUUCAGCAAAAAUCAUCAUCAGUAUUUUCCCAGUAAUUAUUUAAUGAAGGAUGUUACCGAAUGCAGCAAAAAAUGAGCAAGUCUUUUUUUUUUUCAGGAGUCCUGAGUUUCUUUUUGCUUGGAGCUUCUUAUGUUUUAUUUCAGUUUAAUCACUGUUAUUGCUGCAGACCAAAUAAGAUCCAGAACAGCACUUUAAAUAAGAAAAACGAAAUCUUGGUGGAACUUAUUAACUCGUGACUCAGAUCUCUCACUCUCUAACGCGACUCUGAAUGAGUGCUUUAUUAAAGAAAGGAGGACUAGGAGGGUAAAACUACUAAACUUGUGGAUUAAAGACUCAUAGACAGUGUUAGUAUUAAUUAGUGAAUUGGAGAAUUAGAGUUAGAGAGUCUGUGUAAAAUGAAGACGAAGAAGCACAAAGAUGGCCAAAAUGAAACAAAACGGAGAGCAACACAAUUUUGUCGAGGCAGAAAUCUGCAUUCGGUUUCAUUUCUGACUGGAAUGUGCUGACUCGUAUGAGCUUGUUUUGUAGAACAAUCCCCUGCUGAUAUUGGCAAGGUCAUAUACAAAGUACAGCUGGAAGACACAUUAGGGAUUUUGUCCAGCCCAAAUACAUCUCAAAAACCAUACAAAAUACCUGAAACUACCCCGAAAAAAUUGUAAAAAGGGAGACAUAUUUUUCUUCUUUUUCUCAGCCUUUGCAUUGGAAAUACCGUCACCGUGGUGCGCACGCAUUUCUAAUGUACUGAUAUUAUCCACAUCAUAAUCCCUGUUUCCAUCUCCCAAUCUUUGUAGUAUAUCUGACAAUAGAAAUGUAUCUGUACCUUCAUAGACACACUGCACACGCUUACACAUUACCUUCGUUUGUGAAAAUCUGUUAGAAUUAAUUCCAAUUAUUUGCUAUGAAACAAGAUCUUGGCCUAUUUGUCAUAAAAUGUACAUUAAAAAAGACUAAUAAUUUCCAGCUUUUAGAUACAUUCCCACAUAAAAUCUGACAUUUAAAGGUGCAGUAGUCAAUUGUUUAAAUUUCUUACUUGUAGAAAUAACCUGGAGGAUAUGUAAAGCAUGAUGAUAUGUAAGGUUUUAAGCCGUGGGCUCAGCACAAGUCUAUUAAGUGGCUGAGAAAACCUGUUUGGAAAACUGAUUUCCUGUCUGGAAUGCUUGGUUGUGUUUGGAUAGGCUUCCUGUCAAUCACUCUACUCUACAGGCCACCGUAGAUCCUGAGGGCGGAGCUUUUACUGUUAGAGACUAAAUCUUACCUGACACACCUUUAAGUGGAAAAUUGUAUAAAUGACACUUUGCAUUAAAAAGCAUUCCUUUGAGCAAUGUACCACAACUGCAAUAAAAAACAUUAACUUUUUUUGCAGUUUAAAAACAUCUGUUUAAAAAUUGACUCAGAUGAUUUUUGGAUGGUAAGUGUGUAAAUUGGAAACUCCUGUUCUCUGUUCUCUGUUGAAAUCUUGAUGUUGUUGAUGUAGAUAAGAAUCUGUCGAAAUGGACUUUACUGUUCUGUAGGUCGCUGCCCUUCCUGAAGCUGUGGAGUCGCUUUAAUGCGCUUUGCUGAUGCAGCGAGGAGCUGCAGAGCUCAGCGGGUCAUGAAUGAUUCAGCACUUUUAGCGAUGGAUGCACAUGUUCAGUGCCAAGCGUAAAAACCCUGUCUGAGUGAGAGAGAGAGAGGCUGUGAGGAAGAAAUCGAUCUGUGGAAAUGGGUUGAGUGCACCAUAGCUGACUACUCCGAGUGAGAAGCAGUGAAGAUUCAUGCGCCAAGUCACUCCGAGUCGCAGAACUUUUUAAGGUUAAAAUUAAGGUUGUGAUGAUUUAGUGGUUUGUUGGUAUAGCAUAAUGAGGAACAUCACCUAUCUAUAUCAGAUUGAUCAAAAAAACUUAUUUCCAUGUCUACCAUCUUCUUAAAAAUGAAACACUAGCUAAGCCUACUAGGUUAAUAUCUGAAAAAUGAGAUUAAAAAAAAAUGAAACUAGUGAAUGCUAAAAGUAAACAUCUCAUAAAUCCCAUUUUAAAGGAGCAAAAAUAUGCCAGUACUUUAAAUUGCCACUCUAAAUUACCCCUAGCUGUGUGUGUGUGUGUGUGUGUGUGUGUGUGUGUGUGUGCAUGGUGCCCUGUGAUGGACUGGCUUCCCAUCCAGAGUGUAAGCGCUUACUGAAGAUGAAUGAAUUAAAUCAGAAUGACGAAUGUCUAAUUCUGAUUCUAAUUUUGAUCUUUAUUCUGAUUUGGAUCCUGUUUUCUAAUUUUGCUUCUAAUUUUGAUUCUGAUUCUAAUUUUGAUUUUGAUUCUGAAUUAUAUUCAAAUUCUUUUUUCCUGAUUUUGAUUCUAAUUUUGAUUCUAAUUUUCAUUCUGAUUCAGAUCCUUUUUUUCUGAUUCAAAUUUAAUUCUAAUUUUGAUUCUGAUUCAGAUCCUUUUUUUCUGAUUCAAAUUUGAUUCUAAUUUUGGUUCUGAUUCAGAUAAUUUUUUUUCUGAUUUUGAUUCUAAUGCCAAUUCUAAAUUGAUUCUUAUUCAGAUUUUUUUCCUGACUCUGAUUCAAAUUUUGAUUCUAAGUUUGAUUUUGAUUCACAUUCACAUUCCGAUGUGGAAUUCUCAGCCAGUGUGACGAAUGGAUUCCCGAAUCGAGAACCUGGCGGAUUAGCUCGGUUUGCCUUCGGGCUUUUAGACAGAGACGUCUCUUCUCAUCGCUCACUUCUCUCUUUACUUUGUGCUUGACGUAAUGCGUAGGAUGCCAAAGAAGCAGAAACCCCUCGCAGCGUUCUGGAGGAGAUCGGACUCACAUAAAAGGCCGAGAAGGACACAACGUCUUUCACACACACACACACACAUACACACAUACACACACACCCCUACUGUUUGUCUGUUUAAAGAUGUAGCACACACACUCACACACCUUAGUGGAUUUCGACAAUUCAUUCAUCAUUGUUUCUUUCUCUAUCUGUGUGCUUUAAACAACACACACAAUGUAGCACUGUACAGAUUCAUCAGGAAAACUGACCUUUCCUCACCUUAACUCAGCCUUAAGAUCAGCUCAAGUUUACACUCUGUAUUCAACAACAUCAUCUCACACUCUUUUUGCUUCUGCACAUUAUCAGAAAAGGCAAAACAUCACAUAUACAUUACCUGUAAAAAGUAUUUGAGUGCUUUUUCAGUAUUAUAUUGAAUUACAGCAUGGACCCAGGAAGUGAAAAAUAAAAGAAAGUGAUAUUUCUAUCCCACAUAGAGCUAAAAGAUUCUUUAGUUUUGCUCUGGAGAUGCUAGUGGCAUCCUGGAAGCCGGAUCAUUUUCUUUCUCCUAAUUUGGCAUCAGACUUAGAAAGGGAAUCGAAGUGGAAUUAGAUGUUAAGAACCAUUCUGAUGAUAAUAUACCUCCAAAUUUAUUUGUAAACGAAUUUUUAUUCUGAUGUUAUAUUAAGACCUUUUAUUUAUGAAUUGUCUUAUUGAAACAAAGAUGUAUUUUAUGGUCAUGUGUGUGUGUAUGAUGAUUUAAACACACAGUCUGCAUGAAGUACAAAACUAAAGAAUCUUCAGAUACAAAACAUGUUGUGGCUAAUUUUCCAGUAAGUUUUGAUUUCUUUUUUUCCCUCCAAACUUUUCUGGUAACAGAAUUUUUGCUACUCAUCGAUCUAUAAUGUCAAGGUGAACAAAUUAAUUGUGGAAAAAAAAAAGUUUCUAAAACAUUUGAACACUUAGCAGCAAUCACAGUGAAUAUCUUUGGGUAAGUUCAGUUCAAUUCAAUUCAGAUUUAUUUAUAUAGCACUUUUAACCAUGGACGUUGUCACAAAGCAGCUUUACAGAAAUCCGGGUAUAGAUUUAAAUUUAGCCCUGAUGAGCAAGCCAGAGGUGAUGGUGGCAAGGAAAAACCUCCUGAGACAUCAUGAGGUAGAAACCUUUAGAGGAACCAGACUCAAAAAGGGACCCAUCGUCAGCUAGUGCGACUGUUAAUCAUUUCUCUUUGUCAACUGUAUGAACAGAGCACUUGGAGUAUCUGUGCCUUUUUUGUGGCAAAAUUGCUCGACAAGUUGGACGGAGAUCAGUUGUGAACAGUAAAUCAUUUCACAUAUGGACUUUGGACGCUCCGGGAAAUGAAUCAUGUCAGUGUGGCUUUUCUUUUUUCUUUUUUUUCUUGAAAGAAGAGUUUCACUGUGCUUUGAGGAUAGUUGUAGCUUAGAAAUGUUUUUAUGUCCUUGUUUUAUGCACUGAUGGUUUUUACCAAAACCUCAAGUUAGUGGUGUGCAUCAAGACUGGGAUCCUGUGGGAUCGAAAAAAAAUAUAAGUCGCUUUAGUGGGCGGUUUUUACUUUCAUUUCUUUACAUGUAGGAACCAAAUGCUGCCUUCAAGUCAUGCUCGGAGGUUCGUGUGAAUGAGUUCAGAGGUGAUAAUUAUGACGUGGUGUGUGUUUAAGUGGUUUUGGUUGGGAAAAAAAAUGGACGACGUGAGAAAACGUCUUUUGUUUUUAUGUUUUUUUGUAUCAUCAAUGACAUAAAAUUCAUUUAGCCUUACUUGGAAAAAAAUCGAGACUCGAAUAUGCAAAAUUAUCACUUAAAUCACACUGUCUGCUGGAGGCGUCACAUUGCGACUACAUAACUACGAUACUAUGAUGACGUUCUUGUGCGUUCAGCUCGUGAUUGCGAUAUUUCUGACAAGACUUGAAGGCAGCAGAAGUUCAUACAGAAGAAAAUCUCACACGUGGGUACAAACAAAAAUAGUAGCAAAAGUGGGCGGAGUUUAAACAACAACCAAAAAAAAAAGGUGUGUGCACGCCUCUACCUCAAAUCUCAGUCUCCUUGGUGGUGUUCCUUGUCAAUAUAUUUUUCUCAACUUUUUUUUGAAAAGCCUAUGACCAGUAAUUUAGUUUUGUUAAAGCGAGGUCGUGAAUAUUUAGUUUAAUUCAAAUGAUUUUUUUUUUAUAAAUAAAUGAAAUAAUUAUUUUUUAUGGAUUUUUUUCCACUUUGACAUUAUACUCUGUACGGAUUAGUGGCACAAAUUCUUGUUAAAUACAUCGUGGUCCUGUGCUUUAAUAAUUAAAUGGGGAAAGGCCCAAGAGGACAACUUAAAUACUUUUUACAGGCACGGUGUCAUGAUAGGAAUAAAAGUCUGCAAAAAGUAAGGUCCUGGAAAGAAAAGAAGAUGAAAAUGGAAAUUAAAAACCAGAAAAAAGAACACAAAAAAAAAAAACAGAGAAAGGGAUUCAAUCACAAAACCAAAGAGUUUAUCAUUUAUGUUUUCUAUCAGUUUACAUGUAUAAGCAGCAGUGUUUCAGUUCACCUCAGCGAGUUCAGCUGGAGCAGAAAGCACAAGAGACGUAUCGACUUCACAGCACUGUACAUUCAUAACGUUAAUAACGCAACACAUUAACACAACGAUGAUCCACUGUGUUAAACUACUGAUAGUCAACUGACACUUAAAUGCUGUAACUCUUCAGAUUUAAAGGAGCAGUUUGUCAUUUUUAGAGCCUGUGAAGUGAAUUACAAUUGUGACAAAAACAUCACGAGCCACUUUCUAUUUAAACUAAAUUAUGACCCACUCUCUAUUUACACUCUUUAUCUCAUGAUUUACUUGUUAAACAGAAUGAAAAGACCUGAGGCACUCUCUGUUCUGGCUGAAAGAAAUGAACCAUGCACAUGGCAUGACGAUGCUGUCCACCAGUUAUUACAGGUCUAGAAACACUUGUCAAAGUUACAAACUGCACCUUUAAAUGACUUCAAACAUUCAGACACUUAUAAUCAGUGCUUACUAUGUUUUAUGCCAUAUUUAUAUAUACAGUGUAGGUAUAUUAUGCUCAUAUUGAUCACUGAUAUCCAGUAAAACUGAUGCUGUGACUUUUGCUAUAUCUGGCCUGUAUGGCCCCCAGGAUCCUUCCUCCAUUCCCCUUCACCCUUCCGUCUCCACAUGGAGGAAAUGUUGUGGUUCAAAGUAAAUCCGUCCUGCUGUGUUUGUGGCUCAACAUGGAAUAAAAUUUGUUUACACAUA